CACCCUCAAGAGCACUAAACCUUGCGCGUGCUCAAGAGCCCGUAGUUUCCGUUUUCUUUCCUAGUGUUGGGGCAGAUUUCUGCGCGCAGCGCCGACUGUCCUCUGCUUUCCAGCUUUGAAAACGCCUAAAUUGCAGAGUCAGCGGCAUACUCCUGACACAACAGGCACGGUCCCUUGAGGAACCCAGAUAUGGAUGCUGAGCAGAACCAGGUGUUGGACACCGCGUCAGAGACUCGAGAGCAACAGGAGACUGGAGCAGGAGACUGCCCCCAGUCACAACUCAACUCUCCAAUAAAUCCUGCAGGAUCUCCAGUGAAUGGGCAAGAAAUGGAGCGUUUGUCAGGAAUGUCAGAAGAAGUGCAAGAGAUGGUGCCUAAAGCAGAAAAAUCACCAAAGAAAAUGUCUGAAUCUCCUGAGAAGGUUCCAGAGACAUCUCCAGAAGUUGUAACGAAAGCAGAGAAGUACCCAGAAAAACAACCAGAACUAGAGAGCGCAGAGGUCUCUGAGUCAGCUACAGCAUUUUACUUCGAACCAGACAAAAAACAGACCACAGUGCCUGAAAAGCAGCCAAUGCCAGAGAAAACACCAGAGCCUCUGCCUUUAGAUGAGCCUCUAGCAGAGAAUAACAUUGACACUGCGCCAGAGAAAAUGGCUGAACCCAUCCCAGAGGCUGUUAAACCGUCUGUGCAGGCAGCGCCCGAGCCUGUCACACAGCCAGAAUCUGAGGACGUGAAACUGCUCCAAGAGAAAGAGCCUGGGGAAUCUGAGAAGCAGGCAGAAUCUGGUGUUGUGUUGGCGGUGGUGCCAGAGAUGCCAGCGGAGCCUAAAACUGUACAGGAAGUGGAGGCAGACAAACAGACCGAAGCUGAAAUUGUACCGGAACCAAAGAAACCAGUCGAGGCUGAGGCUGUGAAGAAAGUGGAAGCAGAGAAACCAGUAGAGGCUGAGGCUGUGAAGAAAGUGGAAGCAGACAAACCAGUAGAGGCUGUGAAGAAAGUGGAAGCAGAGAAACCAGUAGAGGCUGAGGCUGUGAAGAAAGUGGAAGCAGAGAAACCAGUAGAGGCUGUGAAGAAAGUGGAAGCAGAGAAACCAGCUGAGGCUGUGAAGAAAGUGGAAGCAGAGAAACCAGCUGAGGCUGUGAAGAAAGUGGAAGCAGAGAAACCAGCUGAGGCUGUGAAGAAAGUGGAAGCAGAGAAACCAGCUGAGGCUGUGAAGAAAGUGGAAGCAGAGAAACCAGCUGAGGCUGUGAAGAAAGUGGAAGCAGAGAAACCAGUAGAGGCUGUGAAGCAAGUGGAAGCAGAGAAACCAGUAGAGGCUGAGGCUGUGAAGAAAGUGGAAGCAGAGAAACCAGUAGAGGCUGAGGCUGUGAAGAAAGUGGAAGCGGAGAAACCAGUGGCUGUGAUGGAAGAGAAACUGGUAGAAGCUGAAAUUGUUAAAGAAGUAGAGUCCGAGAAACGGGCAGCAGGUGAGGCAGAUGCAGUGGAGCAGCAGAAGGCCGACGUUGUCGAGCAGAUUCCCGCUCCUGGUACCCUGUCUUUUGCCUUCCUGGAGCAUGAGCAGACCAAAGCCACACUUCGCACCUCUCGCACUCUAAUCAUCCUCCGAGGACUCCCCGGCAGCGGCAAGAGCCUCUUGGCACGUGCUAUUGCAGAUAACUACCAGGGUCUCUGCACGGUCUGCUGUGCUGAUGACCAUGGUGUGAAACCGGAGAGUCCAGAAGCAUCGACAGAUGGGUACAAGGCUUUUGACGAUGCUGUGGUAGCCUGCUGCAGUGUAGGAACAUCUGCUCAAGUGAUAGUGGUGGAUGACACCAACCAUACCCAUGAUCGGCUGGCCCGUCUUGGGGAGGUGGCAGAGCAGCACCGGCUGGUGGCCAUGUUUCUGGAGCCCCGCACUGAGUGGAGCAGAGACUUGCCACAGCUGGCCAAGAGAACUCAGCGGGGGCUAGAGGAGGCCCAGAUCCAGGCCAUGAAAGUACCUCUUGAGGAGACGUCCCUGCCCCUUUUCUUUGGCUGGUUCCUUCUCCCUGGCAUCCAGGACAAGGUCAGGUGCACGUCCAUGGAUUUCCUGAAGACGCUGGACACGCUUGAGGCCUUCAAGAAGCACUUGCCUGACUUCACUGUUGAGGCUGAGAAAGAGGUGGACCUGGAGCAGUAUUUCCAAGCCAAUGGCGUUCUUCAUUGCACUACCAAAUUCUGUGACUAUGGCAAGGCUGAGGGAGCCAAGGAAUAUGCAGACAAACCAGCUGUUAAAGAGUUGUAUGGCUCUGCGUUCGAGCUGUCCCUCAGUGCCCUCUUCGUCACACCUCGCACUGUUGGUGCCCGGGUUUCACUCUCUGAGGAUCAGUUGACCCUGUGGCCUGCCGAUGCUGAGGAGGUGGUGUCUGUAGUCCCGGCCGCUGCCACCCUGCCCGCUGGUAGCCGUGCCCACAUCACCCUGGGCUGUGCGGAGGGCGUUGAGCCACAGCAGACGGGCUUCGACCUGCUGGAGAUCCUAGCGCUGCAGCAAGAGGGUCAGGAGGGAGAGCUGGUGGAGGAGAUGGAGCUCGGCUCCCUGGCCUACUACGGCAAGGGGAGGUGGCUACUCAGUCUGAGGGAGCCCAUCUCCGCCCAGGCCUGCUUCUCCAGCCUCUACGGGCCCAAGAAGGCUGACUCGACCAAGAAAGACGGGGACAAGAAGAAGAAGCAAAAGUGCACCAUACUGUAAAGGAGAGGGGGAAGGUGGAAAUGGAUGGCUCUGGAUGAGUGGCGUACUAGUGUUCUGAUUGGUCUGUGGGGAAGUUUGUGUGUUUGUGCUACUUUUGGGGUUUGGGAGGCGUCUUGGAUAUCCCACCCCAAAUUCACAAGCUGUGUGCCUUUCUCUAUUGCUUUGCUGCACAACCCAAGAUGCCUUUAUACCACAGUUUAGGUCAAGCUUAGCAUCUUGUUCAGUGUCUUGUCAUGCGUUUUUAGUGCCAUAGUUGCAAUUGGAUAGGAUUUCUGAAGACUAGGCCUGAUUUCAUGGCUCAGCUGCAGUUUUGACAGAUGUAGUACUGCUUCUCCUAGUACCGCUUCUCACAGUUUGACCACUAUUUUCCCUACUCAAUUCAUGUCUAACACUAUAUUUAAAAAAACCUUCCGCAUAUGUCAGUGUUAAGCAUUUAGAUAUUUUCAUGUUUUGUGUGAGUGGCUCAUAGUGUUUUCAUUGCAUGCCAGGUUUAGCAGAUGUAGUUCUAGUCAUGAUUUAGAUUGUUCGCAAAAGAAGUUGCACAUCUAUUUCAGUCAUUUCCUGUGGUUUGGUCAGUUUAGCCAUGUGUUUGUAUGUUUGGUACGAAGGAAAGAUUUGGGUAAUUUCACAAGUAGCUCAUGGGCCAAAAAGGGUGUCUGUGUGCUUGAUUUGAUGUGCUGAACUGUGAAUGUCCUUCAUAGAGGCCAUUCCUAAUUAACUCUUUCUUCUUUUUUUUGCACGAUGCUGCAGAAAUCAAAGGGAGAAUGCUGAUGAAUGUGCAGUUUGUUUCAUUAGCUGGCACUUACUUGGUGCUUAUCAAAUGCUGUGAAACCAAGGCCACAAUUCUGUAGUAUAGGAGACUGCAGCCUGGGAUCAUCCCUCUUUCUGUCAACCACAGUUAGGUUUUGCAUGUCAACUUGUAUGUAUCCGCUGUCUGUUCAUGACUGAUGUGUAGGUUUCUUAGGGCAAAGCCAUGCUUGUUUAGUUCUUCCAAUGAGUCACUGUUUUUGCACAUGUUUUGUACACUUAAUAAAAUAAUUUGCUUUGCGCCAAA